AUGCCUCCUAAAACAACUAAGGAUCAAAAAGGCCGAUAACUAUUUAGAGUAGGCACACCAUUAAAGGAUGUGAUACCAUAGAGUGUCAAGAAUCCGCCAAGAGAUCCAAAAACUCUUAAAGCACCAGAACAAAUUAACAAAUAAAGUAUGCAGGAGUAUCAACCAUUUCCUGACCCUGAGGAAUGGCCAGGCGAUGAAGCCGUUUAAGCUAUAAAUCUUUUAUAGGGAGAAGCUUAACUUACUAAGUGCAAUUUUGAAACUGACAGAUAUGUUCCAUUUUGGAGGAGACCAAAGAAUUUUUUAAGAUAAAGAUGGCAAUAGUAACAAAUAUAUAAUUAUUGUUAGAGAAUCUGA